AUGCUCCAAGGCAUCAACGUCACAAUACAGCAGAUGUCCGCCAUCAGCCGGGCCGGGGCGGGUCUGCUCAAGUUUGUUGUGGCAGUUAUGGGAUAUUGUGCCGUCUUCAGGGAAAUCAAACCUAAACGAGAAAAGGUGAGCAGCUGUGAAAAAGCUUUUGGCAGGAUUUCUCUCAGAAAUGUUCAAGCUAAAAUUACCUGAAAGGGUAACCAAUAAACUGAUGUUUUAGACUGCUGCUUGCAGAUUUCACACCAUUUUGUCAGCACUGACAAUUUUAAUCAAAUAGUCUUUAUUUCUUGAAGAUAACCUUGUUUUGUUUUACUGACAUGCCUGAAAACAUUCUGUGAGUGGAAAGAUCAUCAUUGUAGUUGAAAUUAUUAAAAUUUUUAAAGAAUUCAGUAUCUUUUUGAGAUAAAAAAAAUUUUAGCUUUAAAUUUUAAUGUAAAAAAUGUAUGGCUUUUUUUUUUUAGGUGGCCACGCUUGAGAAAAACUUCUUUGAGUUGAAGAGAGGUCUAGACAAGAUCAACAAACAGUUGGCCAAGCUGGAGGACCUCCUGGCCAACUUGAACCUCAAGUAUGAGAGCGCCAUGGCCGAGAGGCAACGACUGGAAGAGGAAACUCGACUGAUGGAGAGGCGACUGAUUGCAGCGGACAAACUCAUCAAUGGUCUCAGCUCUGAGAAUGUCAGGUGAGAAUGGGGUGCAGAGAAGGGGCCCACAGGGAGCGCUGGAGAGUGAGGGCCAUAUUUACAUAACUGAAUGUGGAUUCCCAACUCAGCUCCUCAUUGACUUUGAUUUGAGGUAUGGUGUGAAACAUGGGUAAACCUUUUGUCAUAGACUGAUGUGGUUUGGAAUCCUCUGACAUGAUUGAUAGUGCAGUGGUAUUGAAAUUAUUGAUACUGCAGUGGUUUUGACAUUAUUGAUAGUGCAGUGGUAUUGACAUUAUUGAUAGUGCAGUGGUAUUGACAUUAUUGAUAGUGCAGUGGUAUUGACAUUAUUGAUAGUGCAGUGGUAUUGACAUUAUUGAUAGUGCAGUGGUAUACAAUUUUGGGGUUAUCAUCCUUUUCGGAGUCAUGGGAGUUUCAAACCUUUGUCAUGUGCAGUGAUAUGAUACGGGGCAGAGGGUUCUAUCCCCGCCCCCCCCCCCUUUGUAGAUGACCCCUAAUAUGGGGGAGUCUAUAAUCUAAAAAUGAGCGGGUGAUGGGGUGAAGACUUUGCACUGUGAUAACUGAAAUCAAAUAAAACACCUUUGAUUGCUCCUAUUUAUGCGUUGAUCAACUCUGUUGCGACUUGACUCUACUAGAUGGCUCAAAGAUCUAGCAGAGCUGAAGAAAAAGAGACAGAGAUUGCUAGGGGACUGUAUUGUUGGAGCUGCAUUCCUCAGUUACCUGGGAGCAUUCAGUUUUGAGUACAGGUAAGUUCAAGAAAUGCCAAGAACAGUUUCUUCAUCUUUUAAAAGAAAAUCAUGAGUUUGGUUGUUGUUUUUUGUGGACACACAAGUCAGCUUUUAAUUUUUUACAUGUGUAUCACGAGUCCAUAAGGUUUUGAAAGAAAGCAAAUUUCAUUGUGACCGUUGCAUGUCUCCAGACAUGAAAUGUUGAAUAAAGUUUGGAUCCUGGACUUGCGUGAGAAAGAGAUCCCCCUCAGCAACCCCUUCCGUAUUGAAGAGCUCCUCACAACAGACGUAGAAAUCAGCAAGUGAGCCAAUCUGUGCCACGUCAACUCUGUCAGUUCAUGAUCAUUUUAAAAUUAUUGUUGCAUUUACUCUUUUGAAUUCUUUCUUUUAAAACUUUAAAAAAAAAAUUACCUGUAAAAUUGACUUUUUCUAUUAUAUUGUUGUCAUUGUGAGUAUUUUAUAAGUCUAUUGGAUUGAACUAGUUAGAACACGCACUAAAACAUAUGGGAAACGAUCUUUCUCUUUCUGUGCCCCCAAACAAUGGAAUUCUCUCCCAUUACACAUCCGCAAUAUAGGCCUACUGACCAUCCCAGCCUACAAAACUGCCCUCAAAACCCAUCUCUUAAAACUCUACUAUACCCACUCAUCCCCACUCCCCCACCCUCUAACUGAUAAACAACGCUCGAUGCUGCUGGGUGCUGUCCAUGGCUAGACAGGGGUAGAAAGUACUUGGGUGGGUGAGGUCGACUUAUUUUGCAAUUGUAGUUUUAAAUGUAUAAUUUUCUGUAAUUGCUAAUUUUUAUGUGAAGGGCAGUGAGCCUAAACCCUAGGCUGGGGUACUGUGCUAUAUAAAACCACCUUAAGGAAAUAAUAACAAUAAUAGUAAUACAGCUGAAUAAAACCUCCUAGGCUUGGUAAUAUAGCUAAAUAAAAUAUCCUAAACUUGGUAAUAUAGGUGGUCAUCUGAGGGUCUGCCACCUGAUGAGCUGUCCAUCCAGAAUGGUAUCCUGACAAUGAGGGCGAGUAGGUUCCCGUUGUGCAUUGACCCACAGCAGCAAGCACUCAACUGGAUCAAGAAAAAGGAAGAGAGGCAUAAUCUAAAGGUUAUCUCCCUUUGCAUUAAAAACAAAACAAAUACAUCAAUUAGCAUAAACCUUGACCAGAUUAGUUAUGACAAUGAACUUAAAAGUUAUAAAGUGGAGUGAUUUUUAAUCAAGUAAUAUCUAUUUUCUUCUCUGUAAUUGCUGUCACUCUGUAUCAUAUUUCAUCAGUUUAAUUAUCUAGGAAGAUGAGCUUCUGAUGGCCUCUGUUUAAGGUCGCUAAAAAAUUAGAAAGCUUUUUCUGUAAAACAAAACUAUUCUUUACGGAGGAUGGGGGAUGGUGGGGUGAAAUUAACUUCUCCACACUAAUGUACCCUUAUGAAUCUCUGUCGCAGUGCUGCACUUUUAAUGAUGAGGAUUUUCUAAAACAACUGGAGAUGUCCAUUAAGUACGGCUUUCCUUUCUUGUUCACUGACGUGGAUGAGUACAUUGAUCCUGUCAUAGACAACGUCUUAGAGAAGAAUAUCAAAGGUUAGUGACAGCUUGUCAGUCUGACUUUAAAUUGUCAACAUUUAUUGAUGACAACACUGUGACGAUUCUUAAACAACAUACAUUCUAAAUAAUUAAUUCUUCAACUCCCUUUUAUCAUCUCUCCCCACCACCCUGUCACUUAUUUUCACAUGUUACAACUGCUUGAAUAGCUUAGGUAUUGCACAGCUUGCUAGUCUGAUGGGCAAACUGAAUAGAUUCAUAGCUUAGUUAUUCCACAGCUUACUAGUCUGAAGGGCAUCUUGAAUAGAUUCAUAGCUUAGUGAUACCUAUUUAGUUUUCCUACAGUUUUGUGGGUUUAUUUCUGCCAUUGAUUUGACCAGCUAAUCUCUAAGAACAUGUUUAGAUCCCAGUUACAGAAUUUAGCUUGAUUCCAUAGUCAAACUUUUGUAUUUUAACAACUUUAACUUUUCUCAAUGCUAAAGGGGUUCUAGGUCGUGAGGUCGUCAUGCUCGGGGACAAAGAGGUGGACUAUGACAAAAAUUUCCGUUUGUAUCUCAACACAAAACUCUCCAACCCAAAGUUU